AUGGGUGAAAGGACGGACGACAGUGAUGUGGUAGUCACAAUAGGAGUUUGUGCAAUGGCAAAGAAAGCGAUGUCAAAACCAAUGAAGGAAAUUUUGAGAAGAAUGGACAAGUUCCAGCACAUUAAGAUAAUAAUAUUCGACGAGAAAAUGAUAUUAGAUUCACCAAUAGAGUCAUGGCCCAUCUGUGAUGCACUGGUCAGUUUUUAUUCUGAAGGAUUUCCUCUUAAAAAAGCUAUUGCUUAUUCGAAGCUGCGGAAGCCUUACCUUGUCAAUGAUCUUGAAUCCCAAUACAUUUUAAUGGAUAGAAGAAGGGUUUAUGAGUGCUUGACGAGAGAAGGUGUUCCAGUUCCGAGAUACGCAUUUGUUGAUAGAACAUCAGAAAACCCAGUGAAAGUUGUUGAGCUUGACGAUUCAAUUGAGGUUAGUGAUUUUUUCUAAAGACCCGAGGUAUACUUUAUUAGCUGACUUCCAUUACGCUUAAUUUUUAGGUAUACAGUAUUGAGUAGCACUUCUUAAUAUUGUAGUGCGGGCAAGACUAUUUGUUCUGGAAUACAAGAAUUUCAGUUAGUAGAUAGAUUUGUACAUUGAGAUAAACCUCAGCACUUUCAAUUGUAAACCUAAGAAAAUUCUACGGGACUAUUAUUUAUGGACGAACUAGUCAAAUUUAAGUUAGCAUGUCUUGAAUUUUGGCCCGAAAUUCAUUUAACCAUUUAGUUAAAUAUCAUUUCGGCACUAUAGCUUAUUAUCGGUUUGCGUUGUUCAACAUUCUUAGGUCACUUGAGCGUUACUCAAAGGUCGUCCAUAAAUCAUAGUCCCACCGGAAAUUCGACUGGCGUGUAACUAUGUUUUUUUAUUUAUGACGUAGUAGAUCAUGUGUAAAGGAACAGGGUUAGCCGGGGUCUUAGAAUCAGAUUUUGAAGCUUUCUGACGGUUUCUAUUAAACCCAUCCAUAACUUUUAAUUAAUGAAUCCUGUCUCAAAGACAUCAACACGCACCACCUUAAACUGGAGAUUAACUUCUUGCUCUUUUAUUUUGCAUGUUAUGUAUCAUGAAGUUGGCUUUAGAAUUUCCAUGAUUAGCAUGUUGUUUCCAGGCUGUUAAAGGUUUUCUAACGUUUCCUAACAUGUCUGAGAAGAAAUUUAAACUCAUGAAACUUCAGCUUGAAUAAAAUUAUGAAUAUAAUUAAAAUAUUAACGUAAAAUCUCGAUCAGUCAUAUGUAUAUUCAUAAACAUAAUUUCUCUGUACGCAUGUAACUUUCGUGAGCAGAACGAACAUUGAUUGGAUGUAGUCAACCAAUUUUAUUAUUGAAGGCUAGUUUCGCUUCAUGCUUACACAUAAUAACCUGCCAUAUAGUUCUAGUUAGCCAGGUUUUCAUAACCUGAGGAAAUCAGAAAGGUAACGCUUAAAAGUCCUGGUAGUAUUGAUUAGUUCUACUUGAAUAAAAAGUUUUAGAUGAGGUUUUAUAAAAUUGUCGUACGACAUUAUAUCUAGUUUCUUUAAUAUAUUUUAUCUAUUUUCCCUUAAAAUGUGUACCUAGCGUUGCAUCUUACUAGCAUGCAUAAUUGGGACACUAUAUAUAUAUGUACAAGCUAAAGAUUGGAGAUAUUUUUGGCGAUUUGUGUUCAUGCUUAUUCCGUCCGACCAUGAAUAAGCUUCUAGAAAUCUUGCAACCUAGCGGACCCUUGUGUUUUACUUGAUCUAAAGAUGAUUUAAAGAUGAAUUGUAUGUAAUCAGCUUUUUGCUUUUUUAAUGGUGGGGUAAACAACGAUAAACCAACGCUUAACUUAGCACACGUUAUGGAACUGCGUUUAUUCUCGUUUUCCGUCAUAGUGUUUUCAAAUUAGUUACUUUUCUGUGUUGAGCGCAGUCGCAUAGCAAAAUUGUGGCAAAAUGCUUUGGUCAGUUUAGUUAGUGUGAAGUAAUUGGAUGGAAAGAACCACCUCAUAAAUUUGCUUGUAAAAUAUUAAGAAAUGAUAUGAAUAUAUUCAUCGUGUUCUUUUUUUGUUCUGUCUACUGUGUUAACAAAGCAUCUUUUUUUGUUGACUAAAGUGUUUUUCAUUACUCUGGUAUUCCUCUAUUAGAUUUUUAGUAGAUAGUUACUGAAUAUUUUAUGUGGGCUGUCAGCAGAACGAAAUUUUAUGACAUUGAGAAGUUUUAAUUGAUCUUGUCAAGUUUUUUUGGUCAUUUAAAAACCUAAUUUAUGUGAAAAUUUUGAGUAAGUUGAUACGAUUAAAACAAUAUAAAGUAAUAACUUAGUUUCACUACUUGAACUUUGGCAAUUUUAUAAGUCAAUAUUUUUGUACAAACAAUUGUCUACCGUCCUUAAAUGUAUCUUUGCCAGAUUAUUAUCACACUAAUAAGUUUGUCUAGCCUAGAUUUGUCUUCAAUUUUCCGACGUACCUCUUGAAUAAAGUAUAAAUUUUUAUUUCAGAUUAAUGGUGAGGUUUUUCACAAACCAUUCGUAGAAAAACCUUUGCAUGCUGAAGAUCAUAAUAUCUACAUCUACUUCCCUAGCAGCGCUGGAGGAGGCAGUCAGCGUCUCUUUCGAAAAGUUGGAAAUCGCAGCAGCAAGUACUUUCCACACAGUAAUAUUCGAACAAAUGGAUCUUAUAUGUAUGAGGAAUUUAUGCCAACGGAUGGUACAGAUGUAAAGGUUUACACGGUCGCAGAUGAUUAUGCUCAUGCAGAGGCUCGAAAAUCUCCUGCCUUAGAUGGGAAGGUAGAACGAGAUCACGAAGGUAAAGAAGUUCGCUAUCCUGUCAUACUAACACCUAGAGAGAAAAUCAUUGCCAAGAAAGUAGCAAAAGCUGUUCGGCAGCAAAUCUGUGGAUUCGAUCUUCUUCGGGCUAAUGGAAUGUCUUAUGUUUGUGACGUAAAUGGAUUUUCUUUUGUAAAGUCAUCCAAAAAGUACUAUGAUGACUGUAGUCACAUUCUUGGUGUGUUAAUUACUCGAAAAAUAGCACCACGAUUGUGUUUGCCGACCAACUUGCCUCCAGGUACGGAUGUAGAUACCCCUCUGGUACCAACAACUUGUGGAGCAAUUAUGGAACUUCGUUGUGUAAUCGCUGUCAUUCGUCAUGGUGACAGGACGCCAAAACAGAAAAUGAAAAUGGAAGUUUGCCAUCAGAAAUUUUUCUCAUUUUUCACUAAGUAUGCAGGUGGUUGGGCUCGUGAAUUAAAAAUCAAACGUCCUACCCAGUUGCAAGAAAUUUUAGAUAUUGUGCGAUCCAUUUUGGAAGAAAUUGAUUCUGGCCAGUGUACUGAUAAUUGUCUUCUUCGAAUAAAGCCAAAAUUUGAGCAACUAAAAUAUGUCUUAGAAAUGUAUGGGUCAUUUAGUGGAAUUAACCGUAAAAUUCAGUUAAAAUAUCAACCACAUGGAAUUGGUAAAGAAUCAAAGAUUGGUUAUUCAAGUGAGCUUUUGUGUUGGUUUUCUUGCAUACCGCUUCGUUAAAAUGUGAACUUUGUUUCGCAAUGGUGUUUAUGCACUGCAUAUUUUCAAAUCAGUCCGUAUUGGUGUUUAUUGAGUUAAAACAUCCAAGUUUCAGCUUUUUUGUAUGCAUUUAAAGCUUACGUAACACGUACUAGUUUCAGCAACCGUUAAUAUCUCUAAAUUUGGCGAAACUAGUACAUCUCGAUAUUGCUACAUAGUCACAAUUUUUUUAGUAAGGUUUGAUAGUCAGCUUCAACAUUAGGAUUUAAGUACAUCUAGCUAGUGAGUCAAAAGUAUGACGUAACGUGCAUUCUUGAUUGCGUUACUAGCCACUAUUCAACUUUUAAAAAAUAUCGGUAUCCGCGUUCAACGAAACUAAGCAGCUCUGUUCAAAAUAUUUCACAAAAAACUGUUAUUCAUGAUAUUCAGCACUCUAUUCUCAUUUUUUCUUUCUAUUGCAAAUGAAACUUUAUCAAAAUUUUUUAUUUAUGAAGUGUUCAUGCCUUUUGCAUGUGAUAGUCUUAAACCUGUUAGCGAUCUAAAGUAUCAAUUUUGGUUAGACAGUCAGUCGAAAUCAACAUAGAACAUAUCCAAAUUAAGAUGUCACACUAGGACAGCGAGAUGAAAUUAUCGAGAUGAAUACCAAAAUACUGAAAGUAGUAAAAUCAAUUAUAGUAGAAUUGACUGACUAUAAAUAAGGUAAUCGGGAAAGAAGAAUUUGAUUCACGGAGUAAAACGUAAUAAUUAAUUUUCCAUCUCAAAAUUUGAAGAACGGAUGCAUCCCCACCAUUGUGACCGAUUCCGAGUAAGUGUUUUCCUGUAUCUUUAAUCAUCAAUCAUGAUAAUCCCAAAGGCUUUGUCUUGCUUUAUUCAAUUCUAGUUUUUCCAGUUUAUUCCUACUCGGGGAAAUCUUGUGCGUCGAGGAAAGCGAUGUUUGGUUUAAUUUAGAUGGUUUUCCGUGAUUUGAUGAGAUGAAAUUCUGGAUUGUUAAAAUCAGUAGACGGAAUGCUAAUCGAUUGAUGAACGUAAUGAUAUAAUGUGGCCUAGUGAUGGUUACUCUCGAGACCGUAGUAUUGAAUUAACCCACCAAAUGAUCGGAAAUCCAAUGCAAGACCAAUAACCAGAUGAAUAGUUUCUCAUGCAAUAAAACGACUUACAUACUGAAUAUGAACACAAAACAAACAUGGCAAAAUGUCAUAGGGGGUUGGACGAAAUAAGCCUAUUGGUCACUUAUUCUUUAAUCAAUAUAUACCUGACUGUUAUGCCUAAUGUUUGGGCAUUGUAUCAGCUACAUAUAUCCCAACCACUUCAGUUGGAUAUCCGCAACCUCAUAAACUGGUUUGCCUAACCUCAAGGUUUCUCACUUAGUCGUUCCACGAUUAGCAACCAAUGCUUGAAAAACACCCUUUUCUACCAAAUUAUCUCGGCUAGGUUACAUUUUCUUCAGACACAUAUAGGUGGAGAACGACGAUCGUAAAAGUUAACACUAGUGUAAUAAAAUACUUUUAGAACUGUUGAUCGAGACUAUAGGUAUUACUUUCGUGAUGCGAUAACACGACCCGCUUGAACGGUUAGUAACCAUAAUUUGGAUUUAAUUUGUUGCCUGGUAUUUAAAAUCUUUUGAAUUUAGAAUUACUAUUUUCGUCUUAUUCAUACAUCGUUUCUUUUCUUAUCUAUUUAACUAAUUAACUAAUGUAGGCACAAGGUCUAGAGAUCGAUACAAAUGACUAACCUUUUCUUCUGCGCAAUACAAUGAGUAUACUAAAGUGACCUUUUUUGGUUUUCUAUAAAUUUCUGUGUUCACUUUUCAGUGAGUAAUAUAGUUAGGGUUAUGUCAUUGUGCAGAAAUGGUUUUGGUGGAUUGGACUUCACAUAUAUUUGGUUUAAAAGAAGUCCAUUACUGAUGUAAUUAGUUUACGACAGUAUUUCAUUAGAACCGUGAAUGUGAGUCAAAGUACUCAUAUCUACCGUGUCUGUUAAAAGUGGGUUAUUGGGAAAAGUAACUAUGCUUACUGUAGAGAAACGAGAUCAUAUCGUGGUGACCAUUAUGUAGUACAUGAAAUCAUUUUCAUUGCCAUGCAAAUGAACAACCACAUAUAUUGAUCAUUUGUCAGAAGUAAAACAAAUUUCCAAAAUCCUUGGAUUUUGAAUGGUCUUUUUUCAGGUAGUAUUCCAAUAUCUUGUGACUGUACUGACGAAUGUGACAACACCCAACCUUGCCUAUUAGUUGUCGUGAAAUGGGGUGGAGAAUUAACAGCCGCAGGCAAGCAACAAGCAGAAACUCUAGGAAAAGCUUUUCGUUGCAUUUACCCAGGUGGAGAUGGCCACUAUGGUAAAGAUCCUGGUCUUGGAUUAUUACGUUUACAUAGUACUUAUCGUCAUGAUUUGAAGAUAUAUGCUUCUGACGAGGGUCGUGUCCAAAUGACAGCUGCAGCUUUUGCCAAAGGUUUCUUGGCACUAGAAGGAGAAUUACCACCAAUCCUUGUUCAGAUGGUCAAGUCAGCUAAUACGAACGGUCUUUUAGAUAAUGAUAACGAUUGUCGUCACUAUCAGCAGAUGGUUAAACGUCGAAUCAAUGAAGUUAUGUCAAAAAACAGUGAUUUCACCGCUGAAGAUAUUGCUACUCUUGUUCCUACCGGCGCACGUUCUAUAAUUAAUGCUAUGCAGUAUGUUAAAAGCCCGUAUAGAGCAUGUGGUCGCCUGUUUGAACAUGUUCGUCUGUUAUCUAAUCGUCUUGCUUGGCUCUCACGAAGUCCCAAAGAACGCAGUCGAAUACACUUGUAUCAAGGUGAAAGUUGGGACCUAUUGCUCAGACGUUGGGGAAAGCUAUUAAAAGAUUUUCGAUCUCCUGAAGGAGAAUAUGAUCUUUCUAAAAUUUCAGAUAUAUAUGACAACAUAAAAUAUGACUUGCAACAUAAUUCUGGCAUUUUACUAGAAUCUGAGGUGCAAGAUUUCUUCAUGUGUGCAAAGUCGCUAGCUGACAUUAUUGUCCCACAGGAAUAUGGUAUAACAAAAGAAGAGAAACUAGUAAUAGGUCAACGUAUUUGUACCCCACUUAUGCGAAAAAUUUUAUCAGAUGCUCGUUAUACAGAUGUAGAUGAGUGUACACGGCUGCAUGCUGGUUAUUCAAAAGGAGUUGCUUCACCUGAACGAUUUGUUCGUAGUCGCUUGUAUUUCACUAGUGAAAGUCAUAUUCAUUCACUACUUACUUGUCUAAGAUAUGGUGAAUUAGCAGACAUUGUAACAGAUGAACAAUGGAGACGUGCUAUGGAGUAUGUGUCGUCUAUUUCUGAAAUUAAUUAUCUUGCUCAAAUUGUGAUUAUGAUUUAUGAAGAUCCUACUGUGGUUAGUUUCCGCGGUAUAUAUUGCAUUACUUUUCUAAUAUUGUAUUUUGUCGUUUUGUUAGUGUUAUUAAACCUUGACGUAUUCAACAGUUUUUUUGGAAGUGUUCAUCGAUUAUGGAAUAGUGAUGGGUACUUUUCUAAAUCAGUACUAUGCAUUUUUUAACACUUUAUUUAUUAUAUGAAGUAUAUAGUAUGGGAUGUGCUUAGCUUAACCGAUUUCGGCCUUACGUAAGUUGUACAUUACAUUACCUUUAUUAAAAUAUGAAACAACUAUCAGGCUUCAUAAUGCAGGAGCAAUAUUCCCUUAAAAUCUGCUUAUUACGUGCCGAUUACGUCCAACUAACUAACUUCAAAAUAUGUCAAAGGUCAUGGUUCUUAUGCUAUUAUAUUUAUGAGAUAUUGUUUACCUUUUGCUUGAUUACUAUCUCAAGAUUUCAUUUGUACUAACAAUACACUAACCAAUCCUAAAUCAAAUAAUAAGCGUAACUAUAUUGAGUGCUGUAGUUGAUGUGUAUAUAACGGAAAGUGGUUACCACUUUCCAGUUACCCACAUUGUAAACAAAUGUUUCUUCAUGAGGGCCUGAAAAACAACUGGGAAUUCUCAAGUAUGAGUUUAGGAUUAGAGUGAAUAUAAGAUGUUUUUUAUGAAUUAUCUUACACAAAAGCUUAUUUACAUAUAAUAAUCAUUAUCUAUCGUCUCAAUUUCGCUUAAUAAUUCUAAAUUAUCACCAUUUGUUUGUCUAAUUCAACCUUUUAAAAAUGUAACUAGUUUUUAUAAAAUUUUGUCACAUGUUUUUCAGAUAUAUUUUAAUAAGCAUCAUCCCUCAUUUAAACACUAUGAUUAUUUAGAUUAAGUGAAGUGAAUACUGUGUACUUCCUUGUUAAAUAACACUUCUUCGAAUCUUGUCUAUGCCAAGCAUUUAUUUCUAAUCAAAUAAACAGUUUAAUAUUAAACUAUACAUAAAAUUUUAUUUUUACAUUAAUCAUUAAUUGGGUCUGGACAUCAUGCAGAAAAUUUAUCAAUAGUAAAUAUUAAGAAAUCCGUUAAAACAAACAUUUUGUUCAUUGAAAACGCGAAAUGUUUUCCUAAUUUCCUCUCCAACUGGAAGUUGAUUUCUCCUCUCCCACAGCCUGUUGCUGAUAGUAUCCGACCAACGGACAUUGAGUAUCUUUCGUAGACAGUUGUUUAUAAAUACCUGUACUUUUUGAUAAUGGUUGUAGUAGUUCUCGAAGUUUUAGCUCCGUACAGUAGAACUGUUUUGACGUUCGCAUUGAAGAUUCAGCGUCUUCUGUGUCUUUCAUCCGGUUCAGCAACACUCUGUUAAAGACUUUCCCUAGUAUUGACAGUAGUGUGAUGCCUCUGUAGUUUUCAUAUUUGCUCAGAUCUCCUUUCUUUGGAAUCUUGAUGAAGUGUCCUUCUUUCCAGUCCGUCAGCACCUGUUCCUCCUCCCAAAUCUUCUUGAAUAGAGUAUGAAGCAUGUUUGUAGUUACUUCGGUGUCUGACUUCAGUGCUUCAGCUAGUAUAUUAUCAGGUCCUGCUGCUUUCCCGCUCUUGAUUUGUCUGAUGACCAUCCUGAUUUCUUUGGUCGUUGGUGGAGUGACAUCUAUAGGAUGAUCUGUGUGUACUGCUUCGUUGUCUGGUGGAUUCAUUGGAGCCGGUCUAUUCAGGAGUUCCUCGAAGUAUUCUACCCAUCUGUUCCUCUGUUGUUGAAUUUCAGUGAUUGGCCUGCCUUCUUUGUCUUUGACCGGUCUCUCUGGUUCACUAUAUCUCCCUGCUAGUUUCUUCGUUGUAUCAUACAGCUGUUUCAUAUUUCCUUCUCUUGCAGCUUUUUCCGCCGUCAUUGCUAGUUCUUCCACGUAUUUCUUCUUGUCGGCUCUAAUACUCUUCUUCACUUUCUUGUCUGCUUCUAUGUACUCAGUUUGUGCCUCGACUUUCUCUGCUCGUGUUCGGCUGUUGUUAAUUGCUGUCUUCUUGUUCUUCCUUUCUUUGAUCUUGUCCAAUAUUUCUAUAGAGAUCCAUUCCUUAUGAUGAUGCUUGUUGAGGCCCAGAACCUCUUGACACAUUGAAGUUAAUGCUUCCUUGAUACCUUUCCAGUUGUCCUCCAUAGUCGUUUCUUCUUCCUUCAGUAGAUCCUGUAAGGCUUGGGACCUGUUGUUGAGAGCUAUCUUGAAUUCAUUGAGUCUGUCAGUAUCUCGAAGGAAGGCUGUAUUGCAGCUUUGUAUUGCUGUUUGUCCAGUUGUCCAGUUCUUCUUUAGUUGCAGUUUUAAAUUGGCCACAACUAGGUGACCAGCAAGGUGAAGCUAUAUCAGCUCCUCUCCUGGUUCUCACAUCUUCCAUUGUCCUUAGGAAUUAUUUAUGGUUACAAAUAUGAUCUUUCUGGUUCUCUGUGGUGUGGUCCGGUGGGAUCCAUGUAGCUUUAUGUAUACGUUUGUGUGGAAAUAUUGUGCCACCUAUGACCAAUUUGUUGAAUGCACUCGGAGUUGCAAAUCUUCCCCCAUUUUCGUUUCUCCUAGUCCAUGUCGUCUCAUGAUAUCUUCAUAUCCGGUGUUGUCCAUUCCGACUUCGGCGUAUAGGUCUCCUAUCAGAAUGGUGAGAUCCUUUUUUGGGCACUUCGCUAUGAUUCAUUGCAUCCUCUCAUGGAACUUAUUCUUGUUGUCUUCUUUGCUAUCAUUUGUGGGUACAUAACACUGGAUAACAUUCAUUGUAAUUCCCUUCUUCGUUUUUGAAGAAGCUCGUGAGCCCAUAAGAUUCCCGCCCAAUAAGUGCAUUGCAUGCUUGUUUAAACAACAACAAAUCAAGCCCGUGAGUGUGUGGAGCAUUUUCCUUUUCGUGACCACAGUACAGCAGCAUAUCUCAAGUUUCUAGCCUUUGUUAUCCAGCUUGGAUCCAAUGAGUUUUGCUGAUUCCCAGUACUGCCAAGUUGUAUCCCCUCAUUUUCGUUGCUAUUUGGCUGAUUUUCCUGGUCUCCCACAUUGCCCGAAAGUUCAAUGCACCUGUGAAAAUUAUUGCUCUGGUUUUUUGAAGAGUCAUCGGCCUCAUGACUUCCGAAGAAUCUUGGCUUUCUUCCUGGGGCGUCAUAUUUCCUCCUUCAGUCCCCAGGGUAGAGUUUAAAUGGUUUAUUUUGUUUAGUCUGGUUAGCCUAUUUUUAGCAGGAUUUUUUUUCUACAUGGUGGAUUUGCCGACCCAUAUCCAACCCUCCUCGUUUACCCGGGCUUGGGACCGGCAGUAUCUGUAGGAGAGCUACAGGUGGAGUUAUGAUCUAAACAUGAUUGACAAUUAUUAUGGUAAUUUUCGUCAAAUGUCAAUGUUUAAAUUCAUAACUGUGAAACUUUUCCAUGAAUGAUGAACUAUAGACCAAUGAGAAUUAUACUUGACGUAAUAUUCGUGCCAUUUUGUUUCAUCGAUAUGUUGGUUAGCAAGAAUAACUCGCAUGUUAUAUCCCUCAGUACGACGUUAAGCUGUAUCAUUUGGAGUCUUCGUAUACUAUGGAAAAACUUUAUCACUUAAAUUGCAAGUGGUAAAGGGUUUAUCUUCAUUCCGAUAUUUAAUGAUACCACUUGAACAGUCGUAAAUGCUUCGUCCAUGUUUCAUUUGUUUUUCUUUAAAAAAACACAUCUAAACCAGUCAAACUGGUGGCAGUUUUUUCAUCAAUCUUCUGUGUUUUCGGACAUUUGCAUUAACAAUGAACACUUUUUUUUAUAAAUUAUUUCAAACCGUAGGAACCGAAAACUGAAAAACGAUUCCAUGUUGAAUUACACUUUAGUCCUGGUGCUUUUGCAUUAUGUCAUGAUCUCCCUGAAGGGAGUGGUUUUCGAUCGGGAAAAUUGGUGGUAGGUUUUCAGUAUUUACCUCACAUAUGAUUUAUCGCUAGACCUUUUGAAAGGAAAAACGUUUUUCUUUGCAUUUUAUAACAGAUUUUCUUAAAUAAUGCGAAAAAAAUAUUGCUAGCUACCUGUGCACAGAGUGUGCGUCUUAUGAAAACCUUAUAAAGAAUCAAGUCUGGCAUAAGUUAAUGCUGAAAAUAUUCUCAGUUUAAGAUUACUAUGUGAAGACAUUUUGGUGAUACUGAGGCUUUUUAGUUUAGAUAUCUGUUUCUUGUUUUCAAAUGAGUGACUGAUAUAAAAUAAUGUGUAGAUUUGAGGUCAUGUAUCUAAUUUCGAUAAAGUCACCUCUUGAAAACUGUUAGCUGUUUGUAGUUGCCUAUUAUUUUAUACUAAGCAGUUGAGGGAUUUCAGUUUAGGAUCCUGCUUCGGUCUGAGUACCCGGGCAUUAUCACAGCCCACACACAAAUCAAGUGACUUGUGUGGCGCAUAUGUAUUCGGUGCACCUUUUUAGCAAUAUUUAUGUGUUCAAAUAAUAAUAUGUAACAAAUAAUUCAGUUUGGGAUAACCUAUAUGAUAUCCCAGUAUCUGAAUAUCUUUCAACAAAAGUUAUGUUCUAUGAUUGAUGCAUCUUUAGUAUGCUCCAUUAUAUUAGUCCAUUGUUCUUCAUCAUAAAUAAAAUUCAACACCUUUCAAUACAUUCAGUAUGAAUUUAUUCAUUACAAUAGUAAGUUGUCGAUCAUUUUUUGUUUGAUGAGCAUUAUGCAUAAUUUUUUGUUGAAGAUGAUAAGUUCAGGGUUUGAGAAUAACAACUAACACAUUCCCUGUGAGAGAAAACGUUUUUGUCUCAUUAUGACACUAACCUGCUCCGACGAAAUGAUUUUAUCAACCAAUUCUUGAUAUCGAAAUAUCCUCGACUUAUUGUUAGAUUAUUUAUCUAUAAUCGGUGAUGAUUAGGAUUUAGUGAAUAGGAAAUUUCAAAGUGAAAACACUAAUCACCAUAAUAUAUUUCUUAGGAAAAGGUAAUUGUUAUAUAUUAAACUCUUGUUAUAUUAAUGUUUCAUCAUCCGUAUCUUGAUAAGUGGUAUUUCCUAGCUUUCUCACCUAUUCUGCAUAACAAAACGUUAUCAUCAUAUUUUGUUUGCUGAGGCCGUUGUUUUUUCAUGCAUUUAUUAAGUAGUCUAAUUCUCAUUAUAACUUCAACUAUAUGCUGGACUGUGUAUACCCUAGUUUGUAAAAAAUGAAGUUUGUUUCUUGUAUAGUUUCACUUUGUUUUAGAGGUUAUGCAUUUGUUAUUGCUUACCAUAUUAAACAAAUAAAUAUUGUAUAUCACAGUCAGUUUUUAUUGUCUCAUAAAACUAUCCCCAUUUUUUCAUCUCAUCCUGAUUUUAUUUCCUUCCUCAUCACUAUCAUAUGGACACUGACGGGUUUUACGUACGUUCAUAAAUUUACAACCUAAAAAUGGGUAAUUUUUGCUCAAAAAUGUUUUAAUAUGAAAUUCGGCAUUGUGUUUUGCUUCCUUUAUUUCUCUGAUUCAUAUCAUAUAUAUGUCUGCGUAAACAUUAUGUAUAAUUGUUUAAUUUUUUACUUUUGUUUGUGUGCACGGGUUUAUGCAUGUGUACUCAUCUGUGUUGCUCUUCACGCUUACUUUGUAUAUCACUGUUUUAUUAUUUCGCUUUAUUGCUUGCUAUGUUUCAUUCUUGCAUCUUUGUAUGUAUGUAUUUCGGAUGAUGAACAUCUUUCAUAUACUACAUACUAAUAAAUAAAUAGCGUCUGAAUUCUCAAAUGAGUGUAAUGAGUAGCGGUACAUCUGUGGAUAAAGGAAGUUCCGACUCAAUGCCGCAAUCAGUAGUCCCUUCUGUUACACCUAUUGUUCCUGCUAGUGAACAAGACAGGAAAGAUCUGUUUGAUAAAUAUAGUGGUAGACAAACAGAUCGAAGUAGUGAAUAUCACCAGAAUCUUGGGUCAUUUGACUCGAGUGAAUGUUCAUUCUCGGGAUCUUCCGCUAACGACAAAGCUUCAGGUAAAUCUUCAACAAUGGUAUCAAAAAAACUUGAUUCUUUAGAUUUGUUCCGUUGGAGUUUUGAUAGUGAUAGGAAUACGUAUGAAUUAUGUAAGAAUCAAACAGAGACUUUUAAUGAUUCAUCUCUUAUCGAGCAAUGUCCGGUUCGCAGGUCACAUAGUGUUCGUUGUAACCUCGCUUCAAAUGUUUCUCGAGAAAACACUGUUAAUCACGAAGAAACUUUGAUUUUCAACCACAGAUCGCAAUCUCAAGGUCGUCCUUCUGUUUUGCCAUUAUCACCUGUACCAUCAACCUCUACGCUAGAAUUAAUUGGGACUCCUACAGCGUCAAAUACAGAAGUUGGUAUUGGACGAUUUACUGUCACGCGGUUCACUGAUAAUAAAAGUAGUUUGGGUUCAACUUUUCCAAAUGAAUCGAAAACUGAUAAAUUAUUGUCGACAUUACCGUAUACAAAUAAACUAAAAACAUAUCACCUCAAACAUUUUUCACGUUCGAAUUUCUGCCAAAAUUCUGCCCGUAAUAGGUCUAGUUCAUGUCAUCCUGAUGUUUACAGAAGGACAAAUUUAGCUACAACCCUAUCAUCAAAACCUAGAUAUUCAUGUAUUUCAAAAUUACUUCAAACGACAGGUAAGCUUACUGAUUUUGGCGACUUUAAGAAAUAUGAUUAUAAUGAAAAACUGUCUUUUGAAUGUUCCUGUUCAAAUACUAAUUCGUCACGUUUCGCUCCUGUAAUUCAAUGGCUUUCAAAGCAGUCAGAACACUUAGUGAAAUCAGAUGAAAAAUGUGACAAUGGGGAUCACAAAUCAAAUCCAAUCAACAUAGAAGACAAGAGAGUUCGAGAAACACCGAAAUGGCUAACUUUGGGGGCUCGUAAAUUAUACGAUUCGGCUGGUUCAAAUAAUUCUACUAGAAUAAAUCAGCAUAAUAGCACAGGCUCUGUUCAUUCAUCAAAAAAUCAAGAUUUAACUUCCACAUCUACUCGAGCUCGUUUAACUCCACUUCCUUCUGAUGAACCGGUGUGUCCCAACGAAUCGACUCAAUUUGCAAUGGAUUUACCAUUUAGUCAAAUUAAUUCUCAACCAGUCAACAAUUUUUUGUCAUCAUCUGGGGCUGACAGUGGUGUAGAUGAUGAUCCUGUUAUCAACCAAACUUUGAAUGCUAUCACUUACCCUAGUCGUCAGAGUCCAUAUCAUUUAGAUAUUGGACGUCUUAUAAGAGGUAUGUUUUAUAACAAAAAAAGGAAUAUAACCUAUCUCUAUCAUUCAAUUUAAUUAGUGUUAAAAAGUUUAAAAUUUCAUUAAUUUACUAAGAAAAUUUAUAUUCUUUACAUAAAUCCAUAGACUAGUUAUAUCUCUGUCAGUCAGCUAAUUGCUAUGAAAUGUUUCUUCAAAAUGCUCUGGCUAGCAGUACCUAUAAAUAUACAUCACAUACCAUACCACGUUGCCUUCAAAUGCCCUUGUACAACCAAGGGUGGAGAGAGUCUGCUCUCUCUCGAAAUGUUCUCACAUGACCACUCCUGUACAGCCACUACCAAGAAAGUCCUACUCACUGCCUACUUGCGGUAAGGUGUUUUUUACCAAAUUGAGAGGAUGAAGAGCGAAUGUUUGGCGCUCUAACCGGUUUGGUGGAAACAGAAGGUCCACCUAGGAGAGUUGGAAAACCCUGAUUCUAAACCAAUAGUGCACAUGGGCUCCAGUAUCCUGAAGGAACAAAUGGCGUAUGAACCACCGGCUACCAUGGAAGUGCAACUCCUUACAUUGCUCCACCCCCUUGUGGAUUAGACCUUUAGGUCAGAGGCUCCAGUUGUGGCCUUCUAAGAAAACCAUCAGCUUUGGUUGGGCACCCGGCUAAUAUUCCAGCCCUCACACAAGUCAAUUAUAAUCACUACUGGAUUCAUUAUUAUUGUGUGGCGCAUAUUUAUUCGGUGCCCCCUUGUACCAAUGUUUGUGUUCAAAUAAAUAAAAAAUUUUUGCUUAUUACUUUUCAAACUACACUGAAUGUAUAACUUGGUUUAUCUUCGUUACAGAAUUUCGCUGCAGUAAACAUUUUGUUUGGUUUAAAAAUUUCCAGUUAUUCUUUUCAUGAAAGGGUACUUGAAAACAUAUUUCGAAAAAAAUCUGACAACUAUAUUGUUGUUUUCUGUUGAGCGAUAUUUUCUUUUUUUAAUAAUUUUAUAAUGUAUGGGUUCAACUGAUUAUUUAUUUAGAGAUAUUCAUUAAUGUUCAUAUAUAUAUAUAUAUAAUAUUCAGCGUUAUCGACAUACUUCAGCUUAAUCAAUAUUCUACUUACAUACCUUUUUCUUUAACUGUGACUAAUGUAAUUACAAGUUAUUAUUUCUUAAGCAAAUAUCUUGUUUUUUGGUCACAAUAGAGUCACCUCCCAGUACAUACUAUGAUAAAGAAUAAUCAGUUCUAUUAGUUAAAAAUACCAUUAACUUUAUAUUCCGACCAGAUCAUAUACAGUAUACUGUCAUCUUAUUUAGAUGAAUUGUGUGUAUACUUGCACAAUUUGGAAUCUUUUUCAUCUGUAUUUUAGAAACUGAACAGAUCUACAGACGUUUCAGUUCUGCAGCCCGUAAAUUAUAUGUUCUAUACAUCACUUUUCAUUUAUACAGUGUUCGUUGUUUUCGCGUAACAUCAUUUGGCAUCAUUUUUGUAUUAUUGCCUGUUUCUAGUUUGAAUAGAUGGUUCAUGGUUUGUUGAUACAGUACAUUUCAUUUGACCUGGACUAACGGCCUCUGUUUAAUUAAACUAUUGUAUUCAAACAUCUGACCUAUAGUACUUAUAGAUAAUAUCUGAAAUGAAUAAAUCAUAGAGAUUAAGAAUGCUAACCGGUGUAGGGGAUGGUUGGAAGAAAGUUAGGGGCGGCCAAACCAAAACGUGGCAUCAGUGCCUGAAGUCACUAACUUCUAGUCUGAGCCAUGUUGGUAGAUGCAGACUACUUGGUUGGGGUCCGCGUGACUUUCGUAACCAAUGGUUGGAGACCCUUGGUGACAUGGCUCAGAAUCGAUCACAAUGGCGUCGGUGUAUACACUCUCUGUCUUCUCUUAAACUAAGAGAUUAAGAUCACUUCACAUCUUUCUUUCUACGAACUAAUUCUUUCUUCCUAUACUAUAUCCUUAUUGCAAUCUUUCUCCUAUAUAUUACCACCUUUGACCUAACCACUCCUAUGAAUCCGGUGUUCAUCUUGCUGUGCUAAUGAGGUAUGGCAACCUGGGCCGAUGCAUACAUGUGCCUGGUCCUACGUUGUAGCUGACUGACUGAGAGAUUAAGAAACACUACACUUUUCAUAUUUGCUAGUGGUUUUAAAUCUUACUUACUCUCGACUGUCACCAUAUUUUUCACCAUGCUCCUAGUAUGGCAUUGAAAUCAUGAACUGAUAUAAGUUAGGUAAAAACUAGAAGCCUCGAAGUACUGGACAACCAUUUCGUCCCAGUAUUGUGACUCCUCGGCCGUAUGCAUCCACGACCUUGCAACGGGGGAUGGAACUCAGGACCGGUAGAUCAGUGGACUGUGUUCAAGUUUAACUUCAAUCAAUUCACGGCUUCGCGUGACCAUCUUCCAUUGACUUAAGUGAAUACCUUUCCCCACACCCAACAGAAUUUUCUCCAUUGAUCACGGCUGCUUACAAGUAUUCUGGAAGUUCCCUCUCGAAGCUAAUCACUGGUAAGCUCAUGAUAAUUUUCAGCAUAGUUUUGCGAAAAUUGUUUGGCGUCCUCAUUUGACGAUGUAGGUCCUGAGUUAGAUUCCUGCCUACGAGGUCAUGGGUGCAGAUUGCUAGGGAUUCCCAUACUAGGACGAAACGGCCGUCUAGUACUUUCAGGUUUACAAUGGUUGUCCAACUUAGAUUGGUUUGUAAUUUCAAUGAAAUUCAACAAUCUCCUUAAGCCCAUACUGAAAACUUCCUUUACUGGUUUUCAAUGUAAGCAGUGAGUGAUUUUCUUAAAGUCGGUUUUUGCUUCAAAAUUGCUUUUUAAAACUAGCUUAUUGUUAUUAGGAUGAUAUAUAUUGUUUGCUUCUCUCUUAUCAUCAGCUGUUAUAAUUAGUCAUACCAUUUUUGUUAGUCGGAACAUAAUUUCUCAUGUAUAUUUAGUCAGUUACUGUCGUAUUAGUGUGAAUGCUCUUAAGGCUUCAUACAUUACUUACUUACGCUUGGAAGCUUUUUGUUUCAGUAUAUUAACUGUUUAUCGCCUUACAACAUUUUGUUUAUUCUAGUUUGUGUUAGGUUUCUCAGUUCUUAUGUUUAUUUUUGUAAGGAAAAAGUACAAGAAAUAUAACCAUUACAUAUCUCUGUGCUUCAUUUUUUUUCUCUACAAAAAUAACCAAAGUGAUGCUAAAUAAUAUCAGUUAGAUAAAAACGUGUAAAUGAUACUUUAUAGAUUAUCACUUAAAUAUAAUUACAACCGUUGUAAAACAUUUAAUCCCUUUUGAAAAUUAUAAUAGUCUCAUAUAACGCUAAUGUGAAAUGCUGUUUGUAUGUUCGCUUUUGAUUUUGUAAAGUUUUGUCUGCUUCGAAUAUAAAACAAUAUGUUAUUCUUUCAAAGCAGUCUUAUUUGGUGAAUAUCUAAAUAAUUUUUGUUUUUCCUAACAAAUAUUCUCAUCAUGUUUUAUGAGUUUAUAGUAUUAAAAUAUCAUGUGUAUAACAACAGUAUAAACACUUGUAAUUCUUAGUUUUUCUUAUACUCAAAUGUAGUAUAGUUACUGAAAAAGAAAGCUCGGACUGAAUAUUUCUAUAGGUUUUUGAUGUUUUUGAAAUAACUAUGCAUGAUAUUGGAAAGAUUUUCAUUCUAUUAUAGUAUAAGGCAUUAAUAGGUUUCAAGUUUGUUUUUUGCUUUUAUUCCAUUUGAUGUCGGUUUGUUGCACGUCAUUUAUGGAUGCAUGUUGUUCCAACUUUUAUUUUAUCAUCUACACUUAUAAAAAUACUAAAUGCAUUCAUCAAUAUUUUAUUUGAUGUACUUAUAGAUGGCAUACAUUUUUUGUAAAUAAAAUUAUCACGUGAAUAUCUAAAUAGUACUUUAAUACUAAUUGUAUGUAAUAUAUGUAUCUACCAGUUUUACCAACUCUACAACAUUGCGACUAACUUGUAGUUCGAUUUCAGUUCUAAAUUUUUUGAUACUCUAGAACAAAUAAGUUUGUGGUUAUCAGUGCUAUCCAAGACGGACGUUAUUUAAAACUCAUCAGCUUAAUGUAAUUGAAUCCCAGUGUUGUUAACACUAAGAUAUAGAUUAAGUGUUUUACACUUCAAAAACUUAGCUUGUUAGUCUAGUCAUUGCCUUGUUCAACGGGUAUGAUAUAUACAUUAUUACCGGUUCUAUAGAACCAGUUAGCUCAAGAUGCACAUGUACCAUCUAUGAUUGGUCAAAAUCCAUUCCUAAAUAUCAACAAAGGGAUAUCUCUAACCUUUUCUAUUAAUGACUUCAAAUUUCCCAGUUUGAUAGAUCGAUAAAUUGUUCUAUGUAUCAACAUAUUUAUUUAUUUAUUCAGAUAUAUAAACAUUGGUACAAGGAGGCAACAAAUAUAUGCGCGCCACACUUCGUCAUUCGAUUUGUCUGAAGGCCGGGAUACUUCCCCGGCGUCCAAACCGAAGCAAUUAGUUUUCUUACAUACAUAUACAUAUACUCAUUUACUGAGAUUAUUUCGUUUAGCUCAUUUUCAUCAUGUACCUUUAUCUGUUUGUAUUCUUGUAGAUUUCAUUCAUUCUGUUGGUAAUUUACUAAAUAGGUUCGUUAAGUUUUUUAUCCUUUUAAUAUCCCUUUUUUAACGGCCCCACUGCACCUUCUCCCUCACGUUAGCCUUAUCGUUUUCCUUACUAAACACCAAGUUGUUGUACAAUUUCAUUCUCUUUUAAUUUAUCAGCAUAAAAAUUGUCAAGCUAUUUGCUAGAAACAUUUCAAUUAACUCAGACAAACUCAAGUUUCAAAGUAAUAGUUCACCAUUUCCUGUUUAUAGCAAUUGAUUGUCCAAACAAAUAAUUGAUAGUUAUAUUCAAGGGUUACUAGAGAUACAUCUAAUAAAAUGAAGCAAAUACACGAGAAAAAUGAAAACUAUUCAUCACUAUUUGUUCCUUUUUUUAGCUGUUGCCACGGGAGCGCCGUUUGCACCGCCAAUAUGUCGAAGUCUUAUAAGUACAGCGGUUAUACGUGGUUCACGUGAUGAUAGCCAAGCGUCUAGUAGUGUCCCUGAUUUUAAGAGAUUAACAGAAGAUAUAAGCGUGGCACCACGAACAUUAACACCUGGAAGCUCUCAAGAAUUUUUGGUUCCCAGUGCGCCAUGUGUCCCAGAAGUGUACCCCCUGGAAACACUACAUAACGCUUUAACUUUAAGUCAAUUGGAAGCCUUUCUUGUUCGUUUAACUACUCAUAAGUUUCCGACUCCAUUUACAUCACCGAAACACCCAUCUACUCCUGUAAAUUAUUAUCACCAUCACCAUCAACCUCAGUUAAGUCAAACUACUCUUGAGUUCUUCUCUCAGUAUCAUGACUUGUGUACUAAUCUAUCUUCUUCACUUCCGAAUUCUACUGGAGAUGAUACUGCAACACAGGACUGUUCCAAUAUUGUUGAUGAAGCCUCUACUCAAGUACAGCAACCUGUGUCAUCAAAUGUUACGUCAAUAAUCCCAUCCGCUUCACCGUUUCAAAAAAUUACUUCCGGAAAUACAAAUUACCAACAGUAAAUCAAAAAAAUCCCGACUGUCUUUUCUUCCCUAAUUAAUAAAAGUCGAUUUCUUCAUCUGUGGAUAAUUGAAGAAUAUCACAAGUUCACUUUUGCCUCUGCUUCUGUAUACAUAUAAUAAACAGUUUUCUCCUAAUCUUAUAUGAUCCAUUUCAUCUAGAUAUUGAUCUCUAAUUAAUCGAGUAUUUAUUACUUGUUUCAUUUUAUUACCAAUAUUUUCUUAGAAUUUUUUUCAGUUUGUCUGUAUUUGUUUACUCUUUAGUUCCUUGUUUGUAUAUAAUGGUUUUCUAAUAUUGCCUUUUUAUUUUGUGUACUUUUUUUCUUUUCUGUUAGUUAUUUAAUAAUAAUUCGAGAAAAAUACAGGUAUUGGUUUGAAUAAUUGAAGCAUUUUCAUUUCUACUAGAAAACAUUUAAAGUAUUAUUAAGGUAUAGUAUAUAUUUUGAUGAUCAUCUGUAAAUCAAGUUGAUUAGCAUUAGAUGGUAGGCAGUAGGAAACCAUGAACCUAGGUUUUACGCUGGGUAAAAUUCGUCAGCAACAUUUACCCGCUAUGCUGAGGGGACUGUUGCUGCAUGUGGUAGUUGAACAUGCGUCAUCUAGCUUCACAGUCUGAGAUGUUACCACUGUGCUAUCCUCACAAUAGCUGGUUUUUGAAGAUACUGAGAUAUUUACAUUCAUUGAUCACUGAUUAGUGUUCAAUGUCUGUUUAUAUAGUUCUUAGUUGCAGUGUAGUCACUGGCCUAGGCUGCUCGACAUUGCUAACCACCUUCAAUUAAUUAACAUCAAAAUAGAAUUCUGUCACCACGUCACUAGUGCUUACUUCAAGUAAAAAAGGAUACGGAGGACUUUGUUUAAUAUUCUAAGAACUCAGCACUAAAUAAUUUAACAAUAAUAAUGUUGUAUCGAAAGCUUCUCGUUGUCUUGAGCCAGAGAUCAAAAUACAGUGAAUCCACAAUGGAAUGAUAUUUCGGU